AGUCGUGUAAUAAAAAACAGACGAAUUUUAGAACUUGACAAGAAGUGACAGGGCACGGCAGUGAAGUGAAUUGAUUUUUCGCUAAAAAUGUCGCUCACCGACAAGAUCUCAAUGCUUAUGGCCCGUCCGGGCGGCGACAACGUCCAGAAAGAUGAUGUGCCCUGGUGGAUGAGAUUCGCUGGUCGAGCUUUGGGAACAGUUGGCAGCGGCAUUGCAAUCUUCCUCGGGCUGCUCAACUGCAUGGGCAUAGUCCUGCUGCAGGUGAGCUGCCUGAUCGCGGGCAUCUGGCAGAUGCUGGCCGGGUUCAUAGUGAUCGUGUGUGAGGCGCCGUGCUGCUGCUUCUUCGUGGACUAUGUGCAGGUGCUGUCCGACCGCAUGGAGACCCGCCCUUACUGGAACAAGGCCGUGCUGUAUGUUGGGCUGGCGCUGCCUCCGUUCUUCCUGUGCUUCCUCAGCAUGAGCACGUGGUUCGGCAGCGGCCUGAUCUUCGCCACCGGCAUCGUCUACGGCAUGAUGGCGCUCGGCAAGAAGGGAUCAAUGGAUGACAUGCGGACAUCGGCGGCGAACCUCGAAGCUGGCCUACCACCAACCACGGCGCCCCGAGCCAACCUAGUCCCCAACGAACAGCCAACCAGCUUCACCGGCGUGCCGCGGACAUAGCCAAUAACACGCGCGGAGUGAAACAAUAGCCAAUUGCGUGGCGCGCGUGCCGGGCGGUUGACCAAUCGCAUCGAUUUUAUCGUUCCAUGGGUCUUCUGCUAGCCUAUGUGUUCCUAGUACCAGACGGUUUUGUAAGUGUACGUUUUUGUUGAGUUCUUGGUAGGUAUGUUUCUGAUUCAUUUAUAUAAUAUCUGAUGAACAGUUUUCCGAGUUACUUUAAAAAUGCUUAAUAUUUUUGAAUUCAACAUAAUCAUGAUGGAUUUAGCAUUUGUGGUAA